AUGCAUAAUAGAAUUGCUACUGACGACAAUAUGAAAGUGCAAGGUGCUGAUGUUGUUAAUUGCUGCAAUUUAUGCCCCUCUCCUUGCUGUAAUGAAACUCAAUCCCAUCUUUUCUUUCAGUGUGCUUUCGCUAAUGCUUUAUGGAGCUGGGUUGUGCAGGUGUUUACACAUCAGUUGGACUGUGUAGAUGUCAAUUCACUUUUUACUUCGGUAAGAAGAUUUAGAGGUUGGUCUCAAUCAAAUAAUCUUCUCUGGAUAGCUACGGUGAGCUGCAUAUGGAUCAUUUGGUACUGUCGUAAUAGACUAAGGUUUGAGAAUUGCUUUACUUAUUCAACUCUGGCCAUUAUCUACUUGAAAUCCCUAAUUGUUGAAUCGAGUAGACAUAGUGGUGGUUUCUCUUUUUACACUGCUGCAGACAAGGUCAUUCUGGAUUUUCCGGGCAUUAAAAGACUUCCUCCUAGGCUGCCAAAAGCUAUCAUCGUUAAAUGGCAGCCUCCUCUUCCUGGUUGGAUUAAAGCCAACAUCGAUGGAUGUUCUUUGGGUAAUCCAGACCCUUCUGGUUGUGGAGUGACUUUUCGAGACUCUAAUGGUCUGGUUAAAGGAUGCUUGGCUCAAAACUUGAGUUUUAAUGAUUCUUCUUGCGCCGAGCUUUGGGGAGCUAUUCACGCUCUUCGUAUAGCCUGUACAAAGAAAAUUCAGCGUCUCUGGCUUAAGUGUGACUCUACAUUUGUCUUACAGGCUAUCAGAAAUCCGAAUUUGGUCCCCCGGACUAUUUCUACUCACUGGCACAAUUGCUUAAAAUUUACAUCUUCUAUCCAAUUUAUGUGUACUCAUAUUUACCGGGAAGGUAACUCGGUGGCUGACCUUUUAGCCAAGCAUGGCGCACUGUCUGAGUCUCGCUGGUGGUUUGAACCUCCAGAAUUCACAAGGCAGAAUCUCAUCAUAGAUAAUUCUGUUUUACCGUUUUACCGCUUUCUUAAUAUGUAA